AUGUUUAUGGCAAGAUCUGAAUACGACCGGGGUAUCAAUACCUUCUCCCCGGAAGGUCGUCUUUUCCAGGUCGAAUACUCUCUCGAGGCCAUCAAGCUCGGCUCGACAGCGAUCGGCGUCGCAACCUCAGAGGGCGUUGUCCUGGGCGUGGAGAAGCGCGUGACGUCGACGCUGCUAGAGACCUCAUCCGUUGAAAAGAUCGUAGAGAUCGACCGCCACAUCGGGUGCGCCAUGUCCGGGCUGCAGGCCGACGCUCGCAGCAUGGUCGAGCACGCUCGCGUCGAGUGUCAGAGUCACAAUUUCAACUACAACGAGGACCUGCGUGUUGAGAGCUGUACCCAGGCUAUCUGCGAUCUCGCCCUGCGCUUCGGCGAGAGCGCUGAUGGCGAGGAGAGCAUCAUGAGCCGUCCCUUCGGUGUCGCCCUUUUGAUCGCUGGCUAUGACGAGGAUGGCCCCCAACUCUACCACGCCGAACCCAGCGGCACUUUCUACCGCUACGACGCCAAGGCUAUCGGCUCCGGAAGCGAGGGCGCACAAGCAGAACUGCAAAACGAAUACCACAAGUCCCUUACGAUCGUAGAUGCGGAAACGCUAGUCUUGAAGACGUUGAAGCAAGUGAUGGAGGAGAAGCUCGACUCGAAGAAUGUGCAGUUGGCAAGCGUAACUAAGGAGCGAGGCUUCAGGAUAUACACGGAUGAAGAGAUGGCUCAAGUCGUAGAGAGACUACCUGCUAACUAG